GUUUUCCUGAUUUCUAAAGCUAUAAAAUGUCUGAAAAAAUUUUUACGAUGAGAAGGAUUUGGACCCGACCCUCCGCGAAUUCCGGCUUGACGGGUUGGCUCAGCAGGCGAGAAGGGUGAGCGAAAGGGGGCGGAGACAGGUAGAGUGCACUACAGUUAGGACUUUACGUUAGUUACGUUAGUUAGUUUACGUUAGUUAGGACGCCUACACCGCUGAGGCAGAUGGAAAUUACAAAAAAGCUCGGGAGCUUUUGAAAAAAGCUGAAAAGUACGAGACUGAGGCGGAGA